AUGCUGGCUUCGUCAAAGGGUUUGCUGGGCCUUGGUCUGCUCGCCUUCUCCGUCUCCUGCGCUCAACAUGGCAGCAGGCAAGAUGAUGGAUAUAUCGGCUACCGUCUCGACCAGCGAGGGGACCCAGAGUCGGCAGUAUACGAGACAGCUAAUACCAACACCGACGCGGAUAACAUCCUGCCAGAUGAUCCUGAUGUGUAUCUGAAUGCAUCAGUAUCCGUUGGCGAGAUCGACAUCGAGGUCGAUAACAUAACCGCCAAGGUCAAUCUGCAGGCCGACGUGCUGAAGCUGCUUCACUUCAGCGCCGGCGUCGAUGCAUCCAUCGAUAGAGUCAAGCUCACUAUUCAAAACGUGAGCGCCAAGGUUGAGCUUGAGGCUCGGUUAGAGAACGUUGUUCAAAUGGUUGCGGAUGUUCUAGACUCCAUUGACCUGAACCCAAUCAUAGCGACUCUGGGAGACGACGUCGGAAAGAUCGUUAACGGUACAGUUGGCGACCUGACAUCUGGAGACUACGGCGGUAAAGCCAAGAGAAACUUUGCGCUCGACGAGGGCAUCCUGUAUAGCGUCAACGACUAUACAGGCAACACGCAUACCAACCGCGUACUGGCACAGAAUGGUGAUCUGUACGACGUGAAGCUGGACAAUGACGGCGACGAGGAGAGCCGCACGACUGUUGGCUAUUACGAGCGAGACAUGUCAUUCACCGGCCACAACAAGACAAUCAGCAUUGAUGGGCAGGUCAAGGAGUUUGAGUUACAGUAUAUGUAUGCUCCUUUCCCUGGUAUAGAGAGCAUCUGUUGGAUCUAUGUGACUCCGGCGGGCAAGGUGACGCGAACACAAGUUAUCGCGGAGAGUUUCGGAGGUGGAUAUAGCACGAUCAGCGAUGACGGUGUUGACGACCUAUGA